ACGUUUGCCACCACUGACACCCGUUGCCAUGCGUCAGCCCCACCUCUUCCAACUUCACCGGUUUUCACAACUCCCCCUCCGUUUGGAGCGUAAUAAUUUCUCCUCCCCCCUCAUUAAAAACUAUCCCACCCCUCCUGAACAGUCCUCGCUCGUCGGGACUAUGGAUUACACCGGCUCUAUACUGUGAUGAUUAUGAGAAAGCACAAGUAUCGUCACGUCUACAAUUUGUGGCUAGGAACUCGGAGUAGAUAAUGGAUUGGAGAGAACUGGCCGCCCAGAAGCUCAGCCUCUCGUCCAAGCGGAAGAAGCCCCAGCAGCCUCAGCUCCAGUCUCCGCCCGAACCUGCCGAGCCCCUGGUCUACACAGGUGGCUUCAGCGGCGCCCUGCAGCUGUCCCCGCCUGCCGUGCCGCCAUGCCUCCUCAGGGCCGGUUUAAAGGUCAAAGACACCCCGGGGAUGGGAAAGGUCAAAGUGAUGGUGCGCAUCUGCUCUGCCCAGGGCUCCAGCAACACCUCGGAGUCCAGGUCAUUUCUAAAGGUGGACGCCCGCAAGAAGCAGCUCACCCUCUGCGAAACGUCCGCUAACAGCCACUCCAGUGCUGCCCAGAGACGCGCCGCCGCAGCCGCCCCCAAGAUGUUUGCUUUCGACGCUGUUUUCUCCCAGGAUGCAUCACAAGCUGAGGUGUGCUCGGGGACGGUGGCGGAGGUCAUCCAAUCGGUGGUGAACGGUGCAGACGGCUGCAUCUUCUGCUUAGGCCAUGCCAACCUCGGUAAGACAUACACCAUGAUUGGUCGGGAAUGCUCCACACAGAGCCUGGGUGUGGCUCCCUGCGCCAUCUCCUGGCUCUUCAAGCUCAUCGAGGAACGCAAGGAGAAGGCCGGGGCACGCUUCUCGGUCCGUGUGUCCGCCGUGGAGAUCUCCGGCCGGGACGAGGCGCUGACCGACCUGCUGUCCAAUGUGUCCACAGGCAGCCUGCAGGAUGGCCAGUCUCCGGGGGUGUACCUGCGCGAGGACCCCAUCUGCGGGUCACAGCUACAGAACCAGACUGAGUUGCGUGCGGCCACUGCAGAGCGGGCAGCCUACUUUCUGGAUGCAGCCCUGGAGGCACGAAGCACCAGCCGCCCUCACUGCGAUGAGGAGGAGAGGAGAAACUCCCACAUGCUCUUCACCCUCCAUAUCUACCAGUACCGCAUGGAGAAGAGUGCCAAAGGAGGAAUGUCUGGCGGCCGCAGUCGUCUGCACCUGCUGGAUCUGGGCAGCUGUGAGACAGACAUAAGUCGGACCCGGGAAGGAGGUGGAGGCCAGUGUCUGUCGCUCUCUGCUCUGGGAAACGUCAUCCUCGCCCUGGCCAAUGGGGCCAAGCACGUACCCUACAGGGAUAGCAAGCUCACCAUGUUGCUGAGGGAAUCUCUGGGCAACAUCAACUGCCGAACCACCAUGAUAGCACACAUCUCUGACUCACCAACCAAUUACAUGGAGACGCUCACCACCGUGCAGCUGGCCUCGCGUAUCCACCGUAUGAGGAAGAAGAAAUCCAAGUAUGCAUCCAGCUCCUCUGGUGGCGAGAGUUCCUGCGAGGAGGGACGAAUCCGCAAGCCACACUUGAGACCCUUCCACCCACGAACCGUGGCUCUUGACCCCGAUAUGCCCACAUUGCUGUCCAGCGACCCGGACUACUCAUCCAGCAGUGAGCACUCCUGCGACACGGUCAUCUACAUCGGUCCUGGUGGGGCCACCAUUUCAGACAGAGAGCUCAGCGACAAUGAGGGCCCACCUUCCUUUGUUCCGAUCAUCCCCUCGCUGAACAGGAAGCGCGGGAAAGACACCCAACGCCCGGAGGUGGAAUACUUCAAGUGCGACACGUUUGCUGAGCUCCAAGAGAGACUGGAGUGCAUUGAUGGCAGCGAGGGCCCAGCUGCCUUGACUGGGGAGGGCAAAGGGGCACACAUAGCCCCAAGGACCAAAAGCCCAGAGGAGGCUGUGUCCCCCAAGACUGUUAAAUCCCCCUCCCCAAAGCCUAUCAUUAGCACAACAACCACCCACACAGCUCCCGCUAAUUCUGAGCAGGAACAUUCCAAAUUGUCCUUAGAUGGAGGGGUCCCAGAGAGUCACAAACGGACAAGUGCAGAUGGGGAGAAGGUUCUGGCCUGCGUGGUUAAGCCCAGCAGGGUUUUGUUGCAAGACUCAGAGCCUGUGGUGCGAGAGAAGGUCUACCUCAAUAAAGGGCCUACUGUACCUAAGCCUUCUGUCUCUCCUUCUUUGCCAAGAUCCUCCAGAACACCCUCUCAGGGCCUGGAUGGUAUCUGCCGUGCACCCCCUGUGGGCAUGAGUCAGCAGGCCCUAAGGCAAGGACAACAUGGGGGGUCCCUGGUCCUGGAGAGGGCCCAUCAUGGCAGGAGUCCCAUGGAGAUGAGCCAUCUUCGGGCAGCAUUGAGGGGCAGAUGCCUGGAGAGAGAUGUCCUGAGGACCACGAUCACCCUGCAGCAACCUGUGGAGCUGAAUGGGGAAGACGAGCUGGUGUUCACAGUUGUGGAGGACCUACCCAUAGGCCUGGUCCCAGACAAUGGGCGGCCCUCCAGCAUCAUCAGCUUUAACAGUGACUGCUCCCUUCAGGCCCUGGCCUCAGGCUCCCGUCCUGUCAGCAUAAUUAGCAGCAUCAACGAUGAGUUUGAUGCUUACACAGCUCAAGAGUGUGCAUCUGGGGUGAGCUCAACCUCACAGGAGGAGAUGUUUGCCCAUCAUGGUAGCAGACAGUCUUCCAUCGGCUCCUGGCCGAGUGAAGUGAGCGUGUGCUCGCUGGAGAGCGACGGCACCCGUUCGACAAGUAGAUUCUUACAGAGGGCUAAGUGCAUGGCACCGGAGAACACCUCCAUAUUGUCCUCCCCUGGUAUAUUCCGUAGGGAGACAUUCUUGCAGCAUGGCCCCAAGAGCUCCCUAAAUGACAGUGGUGUCUGCUUCUCUGAGUUGGACAGUGACCCCGCCACCCCAAGCAAGCUCUCCCUAACUAAGUGCCCACCUUCUCCUGACUCUACCAAAGCAUCUCUCAGAGUAAACACUCUGAACACCUCAGCAUCUUCUCAGAUCCCACACCAUGCUGUUCACUCCAGUCUUCCCAGGAAAACCAAACCUACCUCAUCAGUUGCCCCAAGCUGCAGCAGGCAGGAAGGCAAGCAAGAUGAUCUCUGGUUGCAAGGGGCCGGCCAUUCGGAUCCUAGAGCGACUGAAUCCACUGUGACGAGUAAGCCACCCAGAAAUGGCGUGAGUGGCCUCCCUUCCAGGAAGCCGGGAGGAAACAGCAACAGUGUACCUCGACCGCCGAAAGCACAGGUAUCCUCCUCAACUCAGAGGGUGGUAGACGGUUGUGAGAAGUCCAGCAGCAAGAAAGCAGAGACCAUAAGCAGGAUGCCACAGCUCAGGCGAGGCGCCACCACUCUUGGCACAGUGUCAGUCCCCCACAGUUCCCCUGAAUCAAAAUGGGGCCGCGAUGGUACUACAGGCAGUGGUAGUCUGAGAUUCUCCUCUUUGGGAAAGAAGGCAAAUGGACAGAAAAGCAGCAUGCUUCCAAAGUCUGGCUCUAUCUCUCCUCCUGCUCCACCUGUUCGCAAAUCAAGCCUUGAUCAAAAGACAAGGAUAGUCUUAUCUCCUAGUGCCUUAAGGGCAGCCAGCGACGCUGCAAGGUCCUCAUUGCCUAAAACAUCAGUAUCCGAGGAGGAAUUCGAUGUUCGAUUCAGAGGGGAUUUGUUUAGCUACAAAACAUCCAGCUUGAAGGCUGACCAUGGCUCAGCUAAGACAGCGUCAAGCCUGAAGACACGAGGAGCCAAAGGCGAUUCUGGAAGGUACUAUGGUAGCCUAAUGUCCUUGGAGAGAAGUGACAGUCUAACCUCAGUGAGGUCCAGACCUGGUCUGUCGAGAGAGAAUAGUGGUAUUAGUUUAGGAGACAAUGGAAAAUCCAAUAGAUCAGUGCCAAAACUUGGGGUUCCCACCUCCACUACUUCCACAUCCACUGCUACCUCUCCACCUUCCUCUACCACCUUUGCGACGACAAGCAAGUUGGGACAGCUCAAAGCUAAUGUCAACCCCAGGGCCAUAGUUGCCAGUGGAUCAAAGGCUAGAACUUUGUAUGCCAGCAGUUCCAAGACCCUUAACUACUCCUCCAAAUCUGAUGAUGCACCAACCGCACGCAAUGCCAGCCUACCUCCAACUGGGAAACCUCCAGCUCGUUCUUUGCCAGGGACCAAUGGUAAUGGCAAGCCUGGCAGGGGCACUAUCAUGGGUACCAAGCAGGCCAUCCGGGCUGCCAACAGCCGAGUUAGUGAGCUUGUGGCGGGAAGCCCAAGGAAACAUCUAAGCAGGAGUUCAGGGGACAAUGCCAACGAUAGCGGGGCAAGCGUCAGCGGGUCCCCUAUCAGCACGCCGCUACCCUCGCCCUAUAGCAAGAUCACAGCCCCGCGGAGGCCCCAGCGUUACAGCAGCGGGCACGGUAGUGACAAUAGCAGUGUGCUCAGUGGGGAGCUUCCACCGGCCAUGGGGCGCACUGCGCUCUUCUACCACAGCGGGGGCAGCAGCGGGUAUGAGAGCAUGAUCCGGGACAGCGAGACCACAGGCAGCGCCUCGUCAGCCCACGACUCCAUGAGCGAGAGCGGGGUGUCCACCUCCAAUAGGAGUAGAGUGUCUAAAUCACCCAAGAAGAGAGGCAAUGGCCUCCAGCGGCGCCGUCUCAUCCCUGCUCCCCUGCCGGACACCUCCUCCCUGGGCAGAAAGGCUGGCGUACCAGGCCAGUGGGUGGACUUGCCCCCCUUGGGUGGGACCCUGAAAGAGCCCUUCGAGAUCAAGGUGUACGAGAUCGACGACGUGGAACGGCUGCAGAGGAGGCGAGAGGGUGCCACGGGGACAGAGCCAUUCCAGGAUGUGGAAAAGGGACUGCUGUACUUCAACGCAAGGCUGAGGAUGCUGGAGAAGAGGCAACAGCGGAUCAGGGAGCUGAGGGCCAAGCACGAGAGGUUGAGUGGGGAAUUGGAGGAUGCCAAGAGCAGGCUGAUGCUGGACCCUGGCAAGUGGACCGGAGAGUUUGAGGUGGACCCGGAUCUGGACAAAGAGUCCCAGGAGUACCUGGAGGCUUUGGAGCAGGCCACGGGCGAGCUGGAGUACUGUGUCAACCUAUGCAAGUCGCGUGUCAUGAUGGAGACCUGCUUCGACAUCGUAGUGUCGGCGACCGCUGUCACGCAAGGGGGGCAACAGAAAGGAGGUGUGGAGGUGUGAGAAAGCGAGAGCAAGUGAGAGAAAGUCGACGUGAAAGGGCAACGGAGCAAAACAAGCUGUUCAGAGCCUGAGAGACUGAUGAUAGAGUCAAAGGAGGAGGAUAGGCCGAUGGGAAAGAGGACUAACGUGAAAGUCAACCGGUGUAGGUUACAGAGGUUACCAUAUGAAUGGAUAAAGGAACAGAGGUGCUGGUGUGCUACUUGUACAGUAGAGAAAGCCUGGCUUCGAUCAGAGUACAAUUAAAUGGAACUUUGGACAAACUUUCUACGUUUCCUGUGGGAGGAAGGAAAGCUCUAACCAAGGACGACCGAACACCUUUGUCACCGUCACCAGAAUGUGCCUUGAUCAGACUGAUUCCAAGGGAAUAUCUUUUUUUUCUGAUCAGUGCUAGUCUUAAAACCAGCUUACCCGAGCAAACUCUAAAUGUAUUCCUUAUGAGAAAAAUUGUAUUUUGUACUGUAUUGUUGUAUAGUGUAUUUAUAUGAUCACAAAGUAUGUAAAAAAAAGAAUAUCUUUUUGGGUAUGAUGAAAAAACAAACCAUGAAUAAAAUGAGAGAAAAGCAAUAAGUUGAUCAUUAUUGCAUACCCGAACCUUUGCCUUUCUUUGUCUUCAAAAAUGUUUUACAGCCUUCUACGCCAGUAGUGAGAAGUUCUGUUGGCCAAUGAGUUUCCUUUGAGUAAGAACAAACGUUUGUAUCCGUUCCGAAUGUCUGCGCUAGUAGAAGGCUGUCAGGAUUGAUUUGAGCUCAAAACUGACUUACGGUUAGUUAUAAGCUCAGUUUGCAGUCAGUUGUGCAGAAAAAUGUACAAUCCAUACGGAAUGGCAUUGUCUCUUAUAGUUACCAUCAUCUUGCGAGAUUAUGAUCUGCAAGAGAGAGAGAGAGAGAGAGAGAGAGAGACAUUCCCAUAGGUCUUUGCAGAAGUCUUUGACCUUGUGGCGUUUAAGUAAUGUGACCGGUGGCAGCUCGUAAAUCAGCCAGUUGCCAUUUAAGUGCCCAAGACUUUAUUCAAUGCCCAGGUCUGCAGUGUGUUAAAGAGAACAAUGUUGAAAAUCUGUGCCAGAUUCUGGACACAAUUUCACUCAUUUCUACCUGCUUGCAGUGUUGGGGUAUAUUACAAUUUAAUUCCAGUUAAUUAACAUAUUGUAUUUGUUUUGAAAGCUACCCUUUUCAUAAAAUAUAUAAAUUUAUCAAACAUUUCACUUUAUUACAAGUCAAUUUCGGGGCUGGAUUGGUGAUGGAAUUGAACCAACUCUAGCUGAGGCAUUUCCCAUGGAUAUCCUUGUGAAUGAACUCACAAAAUAUGAAUGAGGUUUGAAAUGUAUGACUAAACUUGUUUCAAUCAAGUGGCUAUGUGAAGGAAGCACAAUGUGAUGUCUGUCUCCGUAAGGGUUGGAGGUGAGAAGCCAAAAGGAUGACCUGCCAAUGAUAUGAGGAAACUAGUUCUGACUAUGCAUUCCAACCCCUUUUCACCCACCAAUGUGCAGUGAGUCUAAUACCACAAAUACCACAGUGUUGGGUUAUUCAGUAUAUAGAUGUUGCACUGUGUCCUGUGCUUUUUGUCCUAAAUGCUGAAUGUUUGUUUAUCUCAAAUGGUUAGUUGGUCCUCAUGCAAGCCAUAUGUUAGUACGUCAUCUCUGAGAACUUCUCUAGAGUCGUAUCAAGGGGCUCAAUGGGCCAGAUAAGGCAUAGAUGCAUUGCAUUUCCCUCUGGACUGUCAAAAAGUCAAACAUUUACCUCUUGCUGUUUCAAGUGUUUUCUUUCCCUUGCAAACAUGUACUGUACGUCCGUGUUAAAUUACCUUGGUUAAGAGGUUGAAACCAUCUAAUGAAAAUGUACUCUUCUUUUGUCCUACUAUGGAGGAAUUCUCAGGCCCUUUUUAGAAGUUGCUGCAUGAGAUCAUUCUUAUCAUUUUCGUAACAUGCCUUUGUAUUCAGUUUGAAAAAAAAGUUUUGCCAAACAAACACAUUUCUAAGAUGUGUUGACCAGGUAAUGUAAGAUCUUUAAUAUAUAAACCCGUUUUCCUAUCGUCUUUGGUUUUAUACUGUACAGUUUUCUAAUCAUUUGUAAAAAAGGAAAAAGAAAGGAAGUGUAUAGUAUUACAGUGUGCAUUACGUGUCAAUAAAGGAUCUUAAUCCUCUUGUUUAUA